AUGCCUCCAAAACGCACAUGGACCGCGGCGCCGACGCGUCGGGAAUUCACGCUCACCCUCUUCGCCCUCACCGUCUUUGUGCUCUCCUACAACCUAGAAGCCACGCUCGGGCUGGCGGGCGUGCGCCCGCAGAAGCUAUCGUCGUCGUACCUUCUGAGUAUAGGUCUCGGCACGAAAGACCCAGGUUUCGACGAGGACGGGCGGAGACCGAAGCAAUGGAGAGACAAACUCGAGGACAUGAUUGUCGGAGACUGGGAAUGGCGUGAGGGCGAAGUGUCAGGAGAAGGCCGCGGACAUCCCACGUCGUCAGGCAAGGGCCGGUACGCGAUGCUCUACGACUUUGGUGGGAAGCAGCACCACGGCCGCGCGCGGGACCUCGGGGACAGGGGCGUCAGUCUGAGCACAGGCGUGACGGUGCAGGACCAGUUCGUGCGGUGGGGGAAUGAGGUCCCGCAGACCAAGUUCGUAGCACAUACACCCGGAUUCUCAAUACUGGAGAACGUGGUCGCCGUGAACGGCACGCUCUUCGUCGUCGCAGACGACUGGGCCAAGGUUCCCCAGCUUGGCGACAUUGCGUCGUCUUCGUCAGACGCCUCGCGACCGCCACAGAUUCGAGAUUGGCACAUGCUGACCUCGAGGGACGCAAACAUCUGGUUCGGCCCGUACGCAGCGAAAAUCCACGGCACAUCAUGGAUGCAGCUAGGGUCCGCCGAGUCGCAAGACGCAUACACCCUCUUCUCCCUCUUCCGCACGCAAGCAUCACUCGCCUCAUCCGGCUCUGUCAUCUCGCACCGCUCCGUGCACAACAAGCAUGGCCUUCCCUCCUCCGCGGCAGCACAUACAUCCGAUGUCCCGGCCCCCCUCCGGCUCGUCUUCCCCCGUAUCCCCACAUUCUCCACGCCUAGCGUUCUCCCUCCGGGCGACCAGGACCCCAAGGUGCAUCCGCUCCCCCGUGAACGCGCAUAUACUGGCGUACACCCUCUCCUCGCCAAAGCCGUCUUUCCCACCGUCGGGAUGUGGUUCGAGGAAGACUGGAAGGACCUCGCAGACAUGCACGUCCCCUUCCUCCUCGAACGCGUCGUGGUCGCUGACCGCGGCGCUGCGGAGCGCGGUCGCGACACUUGGGCGGCCCCGCGCGCCUUCAGCGAACCCAUCUCUGUCUCGGACGAGGAGAAAGCCGGGUUGGCUAAGCGCGCGGAAGGUGGGAGCAUCGCCGGGGCCCCUGCAUGGGCAGCGCCGUUGGUCGCACUUCCGGCGCCGCAGGACUGGUGGGCGCCGGCGCGUUCCGCGCUCCUGCGUUACCUGCACGUCACGGACGACGAUGCGACGAGCGCGGGCGGGUUUUGGGGGCGCCAGGAGAGGAAGCCGGUCGUGACGUUUGUCUCGAUGCGCGACAUGCCUGCAGGCGCGGGCCCGCGGCUGAGCGCGGGGGACGAGGACAAACUUGUGCAGGGGCUGCGCAGGAUGGAGCGCGACGGCGCGCUGGAGGCGGUCCAUGUGGUGAGGGGCAAUGGGAGUGUGCCGGCGCUGGAGUGGACAGAGCGGAUGGGCGCGUUCGCGAAGUCGUCGAUCGUGCUGGGUUCAUACGGACCACAGCUCGCGGACAGCGUGUUCAUGCGUGCGCCGGUCGCAGAGAGCGUCUCGAGCGCGGCGAGCGGGAAGACGGCAGAUGCGGCUAAGGUCGUGCCCCCGCUGCUGAUGGAGUUCUUCCCGCCGGGCGUGUUCGUGCGCGAGCAGCAGUUCGCGAUGGAGACGCUCGGGAUGGACUACAUCGCCUGGUGGAAUGGAAGGAAAUUUUCGUCGGGGGACCUGCCGUCGGUCAUCCCCCCAACGGUGGCGGGAGACCAGCACGUCCCUCUCGACGUCGAUGCCGUUCUGCAGGCCGUGCGCAAAGAGGCGGCGCGCCGACACUCGUGA